CUUGAAAGCAUUCAAAGAUUAUUUUUCUGCUUUAGUAGUUCUUCUUUUACUUCUUUGCUCUUAUACAUUAAAACUAAAAGAUCAUGGCUAUUCGUAUGCCGCAUAUAAUCAAGAAGUCUUCCACAAGUGGAGAUGUUCCAAAAGGCCAUUUUGCUGUGUAUGUUGGGGACAACCAGAAGAAAAGAUUUGUAAUCCCCAUAUCGUUCUUGAGCCAACCUUUAUUUCAAGACUUGCUUAGUCAAGCUGAGGAAGAAUUUGGCUUUGAUCAUCCUAUGGGUGGUCUCACAAUUCCUUGCAGUGAGGAUGUGUUCGUUGUUCUCACAUCUCGCUUGAGGAAGUGAGAAGGAAAUUAACAAUUCAACAGUUUUUGCUUACACAAUUUUGUAAAGGUUUCUAGAGUGUACAGUUCAGGAGUUAGAAGAAACAGUAAUUUGAAGUUAGAAUGAGGAGUGUUACCACUCUGACUAGGUAGACUAAUGAAUUUAGCUCCAUAUUCAAUGGAUGUUAUUCCUUUAUUCUCAUGACUAAGGACACAUUUUUCUACUUCAAUAGAAAUUGAAGUAAUGAGCUUUUUUACUUCUAUGGUUCGAAUAAAUUCCAUAUAUCGAUGGAAUAAUUUAUUGCAAUAUAAUAAUUCUUGCUCAACUUACUUGGUUUUGUAAGUGCACCUGAAUGCAAUAGAAAAAAUAUUU